AUGGUGGCGCUCUUCUCUCUUUUCUCUGCACCCCGCUCCAACGCUGCGGGCUUCAUCGGCGCGUUCGAGAAAGCAGCAUCAUGGACAAGCUCAGUCAACUCACCCUGGACAAGCUGUCGCUGGACAAGGUCAAGAACAUGGUCGGCGAAGUGCGUGACACCAUUGCCCCGCGCCAACGACACGGAGAAGCGCGUGUACGAAGCUCUCUCGAACAAGAACUGGGGGGCGUCCAGCACGCUGCUGAACGACAUCGCUCGAGACACUUACGACUUCGAGAAGUACGGCAUCGUGUUGCCGCUCAUCUGGACCUCGCUUCAGAGCCCUAGCCGCGAGUGGCGUAAAGUCUUCAAGGCCCUCUGUCUCCUGGAACACCUCAUCAAGAACGGGGCUGAGCGCGUGAUCGAAGACGCUCGGGACAACCUUCACCGCGUGCGCAUGCUCUCCGACUUCAACUACUAUUGA